AUGAACUCGGACCUGUCCAUCUUCUCUGUCGGCAGCUACGAGCUCCUGGGCUUGCUCUCGCCCACUGAAUCUACCGUUCUCCGCCCACACUUGGCGCCUGGCCACAUGCACAAAUACCUGUCCUCGGAAUCCGGUUUGGCCAUGGGGGUCGUAGCAUUGCACUCAGGGGACAUUCUGUACUACUUUCAAGUCAACCAAGACAACCACCCGGUACCCUCUUCGGCCGAAGCCAGCUGUGAUCUCGUGCGGCGUCUCGCUCGGUCGUUUACCUGUCCUGUAGCGACUGCUAUCGCCAGCCAGACGCAGUUCAAGGUGUAUGUGUGGCAUGCGUCUGCCAUCUCUAAUGUCGAAACGCUGCACAAGCAGAACGUCGUGCUGUUUGGGGAUGCAGCCCACCAGUUUCACCCAUUCAGUAGCCAAGGGGUUAACGGCGCCAUUGACGGCAUUGUCGAGUUUGUGCAGCUGCUUCAGGCCCACGACAACGACGUCGCCACCGUUGGGCCAAUCUACUCGCAACGACGACUGGACGCCUCCAAGCCAGUCGUGGCCGAGGGGUGGUUUCUGCGGGAGCGAGCGUUCAACUACCGGUGGGCGACGGUGCAAAAAGGAGUGAUCCCGCUCACGGCGGCCGACCCGGACUUCGCCUGCAGCGACCGCGUGGUCGAGUUUCUGCAGAAUGAAGUCGCAACCAAAGUGUUUCCGUACGCGCCGGCCAUGGGACUCGACGAGUUCCGUCAAACCAUCGCCGGUUACUUUUCCCACCACCGUGUGGUGUCCCCAGACCAGGUGCUGGCCGCCAAUAGCGCCGCGUCCGCCUUGUCUGUCGUGAUGAACUACCUCGUCGGUCCAAAUGACGCCAUCUUGAUCCCUGACCCCGUCGACUUUCUCAUUCCUCUCACGGCCCAACGCACCAACGCCAGAGUCAUUCGGUUUCCCGUCACGCGAUCGGGCCUCGACUUGGCAGUGUUGGAGGCGCACUAUGACCCGAGCGUUAUGUUCUUGGCCAUUUGCAACCCCCACAACCCCCUUGGGUUUGUCUACUCGGCACACGACCUCCACGCCCUCGCAGGGUGGGCUUCUGCCCGAUCCAUCACCGUCAUUUCCGACGAGGUGUGGGCCGACACGGUGGCAGACAAGCCCAGCUUCACAGGGUUCGCUUUGGCUGGAUUCCGCAUCGGAGCCAUCUUGGCCCCGUCAGCUGCUGAGGCACGUGCGUUGGCCGACCACGGCGGCUUCGUCUCCACGGUAGAAGGGGUGUCGAGCUUGAGUCAGAGGGUGCGCUUCGGCAUGGCUUGGCGUGGAACCAAGCGUUCGCGACGCACUGUCAGACUGCUACGGCGUUUGUAG